AUGUUUGAUAAAACGAUUAUGAUUUGUGAGAGUGGUCGCGAAUUGGCUAGCUCCUCGAAAGAUAGUGUUGCAGUUGAACCAAAAAACGAAUUCAUGAGGUCAAAACGAGAUGGAUUAGAAUCGGAAGAUGUGUGGGAUGACGAAUUUGUUGAACAUUUAACACACAAAUUAAAAGAAAUGAAGGAAAUUCAGGAUGAAAAUGAUGGAAAAUAUAACGACGUAAUCGAUCAGUAUCAGAAUGAUAUUGCAAGUGCUAAGGAAGAAUUUCGCGACAAACUGAAAGAUCAUGCGAUGGAGGAAUGUGAUUCACUGCUGCAUGUUCAAAACAUUGAAACUAAGAUGAGAAACAAUGUUGGCUCCAGUUCAAACUUCGUUAUCAGCAACCAAAUUAUUAAUGGAUGGGAUUCAAAAUUGUCAGAAAAUCUAGAAAGCAACAUUUCUGUCAAGAAGGAUAUUGGUACGUGGAUCAACGAAAUGGAUAAACUUUGUAUAAAAGUACUUUCAAAUGCGCGCCUUCGUAAUUUUGUAAGCGUAAAUGAAAAUGGAAAUGCUCUUCUCCGUGAUAUAAUGUAUUAUCUGAAUUAUCAAAUAACAAUGGACGAAAUAAAUGAAGAACUUGGAAUUCCACUUUCCGAAGUGACGCCUGAAUGUUUCAAUAUUGUGCACGAAGAACGAGCACUUGCAAUAUGUCGAAAAUUAAUGAAGAUGAAUGGUUUUGAGCGAAUUGCUAACAGUAAGAUUCCAGAAAUACCGGCGGAAAUGGGAUAA